GUUCCGUUAUUCGUGUGUAUUUAACGGAAGUUGUAUUCAAUUGAUGAAUGACAAAAAUUUACGAGAAAUCUUGAAUUAUUAACAUUUUAGCAGUGAUAAACGAGUUUUAAGUUUAUGUGUACCAAACUUAUGGCGUCCCGUACAAAUGUAGAUCGUAUGCAAAUAAUGUACAAUAUGUGCAAACGAGAGGUUGUGCAACUACAAGCCAAUCUGGGUCGAUUUUUGGAGGGAUGUGAAGUUAUUAUGAGACACGAUGUAUUCAAACAUUUUCAAAAUGAUUCUGGUCAACUAACUCAUGCUAAUGUGUUUGCUUUGAUGUCCUACGAUAAGUAUAUGUCACGUGUAGCGGCCGUCAACAAUUUGGCACGUAAAUUCAACAUACAUUUGCAGCUGCAUAAUAUCAAUAAAAUCCUAGCUGGCGAUGUUGGUAUUGGACUGGAAACUGUUCCGUAUUUACUCGAAGAAUUUGUUGAAUGGCAUAAAGUAUUAAGCGAUAAGAACGAGAGUUUGGAUUACAACGUUGACUGGCGGCAUUAUCAUAGUGUAGAGGAGGAGAAGUGGACGAGUUACCGAAGUAUAGAUAAAGAGAAGUCACCACUGACUGCAAUUGCUCUAUUGGACGACAGUGAAAAAGUACACGCUACAAAUGUUGUAGGCGAUGGAAAAAAUGCAGCAAAACGUAAAAUAAAAUUUGCUGAACCAGAAUCAUUAACACUUGAAUCACUACCGUCAUGUGUACAUUUGCGUGACUUGUCAGCAUUCACUGCAGGAUAUCACUUUAGCGCAUUCGUGACGUAUAUAGAUAACAUAGAAGAGUUAUGUUUCUAUGCUUGCCAAAUGCGCAACGAUUUGUUAUACGAUUUAAGUAACAUGUAUAAUCUGCCAAAGAGUGUACGAAUACCUUCGACGAAUGUUAUUUUUGGCAUCUCAAUUAAUGGUAAGAAUAUAUUACGCGGCGUGCUGCAGUCGCCAGAUAAGAAAAAUGAAGACAAUUUACAUGUGCUGCUAAUCGAUUAUGGCGAAUUAGUGCCCUUAAAUAUCAAUGAUGUACAAUUUUAUGAUUUACCCAAAGUCUACAAAGAAUUACCUGCACAAGCCAUGAAAUGUACGCUUUUGGGUGUUAAAGAAACUACUGACGACUGUAAAGAGAAGGAGACGCAUGCAUAUGUGCUGAGCAAAAUGUUGCUGAAAUAUGAAUUCAAAGAGGUGAACUUGGAGGUCGUGAGACAAGUAGGCAGAGUUUUGCAAGUUUACAUUAUUGAAAGUCGUGUUAUAUUAAAGAAAUCGCCAGAUGUUAAAAAGCCGUUAAAGAUGUCAAAGAAUCCUUUCGUAAAUUCUUUUGAAGCAGAUGCAUUUGAUGAUGACUCCCAACAAGAAGAAAAUAAAUAUUUCGAAAAAUGUGUGCUAAAAACGCGUAUAGAUGAUGUGCACAAAAAUGAUAUAAUAUAUUUAGAAGUUAUGCAUAUUGCACAACCAAAUAUGUUUUAUGCGCAAAUACUAAAUGAGCGGAAUGAACAAUUGAAACAACUAUUUUGGAAUACAAAUGAAUUAUCUGUGGAACAGAAGUUAACUGAAGCGCCACAAAUAGGCGAUUUAAUAUUGGCACAGUAUGCAAAGGAUCACUUUUGGUAUCGCGCUAAGGUCAUUGCGGUAGAAGGAGAUACAAAGUUUAAGGUAUUCUAUGUAGACUACGGUAAUAUUGAUAUGGUAUCAUUAGAAAGCAUGGCUAAAUGCAAAAUUUUCCAAGUAGAAGAACCAUUUCGCGCAGUCCUCUGUCGUUUCGCUGGCAUAAACGAUAUUACAAACGGAGAUGUGGUUCUUUUCGAAAAAGCUGUACAGAUGUUGGUAGUUAUUUUAUUGAAUCAACGUAUUGAAGUGCAGAUAAUUGAGAAAAUUAACGCAGAAGAGUUAUGCAUACAUUUAUUGGAUAAGGAAUUUGUGGAAACAACGCAAAUGCUCGUCGACUUGGGUUAUGCAAAAAAAGUAGAGGAGAUUUAAAUAUGUACUAAUUUCAAUUGACUAUUUAAAGGUGUAUACUUUUACAUAUUUUUAAGAAUACAUAUUUUAAAUAUUGUUCGGUAA